AUGAGUUACGAAGAUCAGGAAAACGUGGAUGGAGGUAUGGAUUAUCAGGAUGCAAAGGGUCAUCAUGAAGGUAAUUAAUAAAGCUAUUUUUUCCUAUUUUUUCCUUCAUUCUUCAGAGGGAAUGGAACAUGAUGGUGAAGAACACGGUUUUGAACAGGGCGGCGAUGGAGAGUGGAACGCAGAUGGCGGAAAUGGUUUCCCAGGUCAAACGUGAGUUGCAAAAUAAACUGAAAGGAGAAUGAUAAAAAAAAAUGCUCUCAGGUUUCGUGGAGGCUUCAGAGGUGCACGCGGCUUCCCACCUUUCGGCGCCGGGCCCCCUGGUCUCUUCCGAGGGCGAGGUUUGUUUAUUUUGAUGUUCAUCUCGGAGAUUUGCUGUUUUGAGGUUUUCCGCCACCGGGAAUGGUAGCCGCCAGAGGCCGAGGCUUUCCCCCGCCAGGAUUCCCACGAGGACGCGGCUUUCCUCCUCCGCGAGGUUUUCCACCAUUUCGCGGCGGACAUUCUGCUUUUCCGCAUGCUGGUUUCGCUUUUCCUGGCGGAGCACCUGGAGGCUUCGCACAGGCGGCGCCGCAACAGCAAAGUCCUGCCGAACAAGAAGAGCGAUUGAAACGCGUCAGUUUUUAA